GAACUGCAUCCUCCUGGACACAAAGCGUUUGUGGCUGUGCUGCUUUUUCUCUUCAUAGGGAUGCCUUUGCUCACUAAUUAACGUUUAAACAAACCUACAGAAAUGGGGGGAAACAAAGAAGACUGCAUCUUUUUAAAGGUGGAAAGUUUCAGGAGGGAAGACAGCAGUGUGACUCGGCUGACAAAUGACUUCUCGAUGUUCUCGAUCCCUUCUAAAAAUACAUGGUGGAGGCAAGUGUGGGUCCAGCCUUCCUGAACCUCCAACCUUGCUUCUUCUCCCACUCCUUUCAGGGGAGCUCUUGCGAAAAGCUUGGAAAAGGCUUUUGAAUGAUGUCCACGCACUGCUUUUGCCUCCUAACCCCAUUUUCACUUUCCUCUGUUCCACCCUGAGUUUCUGCGCAGCAUUUGGGAUCUGCAACACUUAAUGGGCAGCUUCCAGGAUCGCCCAGCUUCUCAAAGCCGAAAGGUCUGCAACGGGGACACGAUAUAUUGCCCGCAUUUGUAGCCCCACCUACCCAUCCUUCGGCUCCCUAGGAAGCGGCAGCUGCCAGGGCCAGCGGGCAUCGGGGCAAGGGCAGCGGCCGCCGCUGACCGACACACGAUUUGGGGGGCGGGGGGAGCGUACAUGAAAUCCCCGCGACCCGAGGCCGCCUAGAUCGGUAGCCCGUCUCGCCGACGUGAAAGGGCGGCAACGCGGGUUCCUCCAUCCGGGCGGGCCGAGGGGCUUUCCACCCUCGUCGCCCGAACAACGCGGAGACGGCGCGCGCCGCGUCGCUAGGAGACGGCGCGGCGCCAUGGCAACGGCCGCGUCGCUUUCCGGGGGCGGGAAUUUUCCGUUGGGGCAGCGGGGCUCGCGGUCCCCCCGCUCGGCGGCGCCCCCCCCCCCGCCCCGCAGGCCAUGGCCGGGCCCGCCCUGCGCAUCGGCGACCAGCUCAUCCUGGAGGAGGACUACGACGACAGCUACAUCCCCAGCGAACGAGAGAUCCAGGAGUUCGCUCGCGUGGUGGGCAUCGACCCCGAGCACGAGCCGGAGCUCAUGUGGCUGGCCCGGGAGGGCAUCGUGGCCCCGCUGCCCGCCGAGUGGAAGCCGUGCCAAGAUAUCACUGGUGAUAUCUAUUACUUCAAUUUUGCCAAUGGCCAGUCGACCUGGGACCAUCCGUGUGAUGAGCGCUACCGCCAACUUGUGAUCCAGGAAAGGGAAAAAAUUCUGGAACAUGGAGGUCUUAAAAAGAAAGAGAAAAAGAAGAAAAAGACAGAAAAGAAAAAGGAUAAGAAAGAAAGGGACCCCUCGAGGCGCCCUCUGGAGAUGCAGUCAGAGCCAGGGAUUCUUCUGUCAGCAUCCUUUUAUCGAGUAUCAUCUCCUAUCCUGUAUUCGGAGCAUGGUAGUCCUGACCAAGAGCAACAGGGCAGCCUGGUAAUACAGAAUGACUCCCUCCUGAAAAACCCCAAGGGAAAGAUUUCGGAUGCCAGUGAUUUGUCCAGGCUGCUAUCAAGCCCUGCCCCAGGGAAACUACAGCCUCUUCUGCCAGAAAAAUCAAAUCGGACUCAACAGAUCCUUGCAGAUGUGGAGAAAAUUCUUGGAAGAAAUGCAUCUUCCAGCAGGUCAGACGUUAAUCAUCAAGCACAACAAGAUGCAAAUACAGAAAUCCGAUGCGCAGCUGCUAGUGGUAUUUUAUCAGACUUGGAAGCUGAGGAUGUAGAUAGCAUCCACCUCAUAGAGCCUUUUUUCCAAAUGCUGAAGAAACCCUCUCAAACGAUAGCAGGUGCUAUGACUGUGUUAGCCCUGGGGGGAGUCAAGGAGAAAAAGCUGUUCUUAGAGGGAGAAAAACAAGGUGAGGACCAUGGGAAAGGCCAUGCGGAGGGAGAUGGACUAGUCGGGAAGGAAGACUUUUUGCAUAGCGUUGAAAAGGAAAGGCAGCUUUCUCCCUCUGCUGCUGCUGCCUUCACAUUGAUCUCGUCUAGGACUUUGGAGGGACGAGGAGACAUCCGUUAUUUUCAAAAUGAAAUAGUAAGGCCUCUGGAGAGAAUAAAGGAGAGCAGAAGGGGAAAAAAGAACCCUUCUGAACAAUGCCAGGCCACAGAGUCCAGCCCAUGGCAGAUCGAGACUCUUGUUCCUCAUUCUCAGCUGCUGCACGGUUCUGUGGAGCUUAGAGCCAAGACGGGAAUUUCGGGGAGUGAAGUGUCAUCGCCUACACCAGGUCAACUAACGGGGGGGGGGAAACCACGAUUCAAAGAUAGAAUCUGACAGCGGUAAUAGUAUCAGUGUUGCUAGCAGCCUCUCUGACCACCUUGCCUCUCAGGUCUUAGGUGAAGUAGACAAUUUGUCCUGGGACUUACAGAGCUCCUAUGGAUCUGAACAUCCCACAAAGCACCUGCCUUCUCCCCAGAGACCGUUUUUGGAAGCCGUAAAUAGCC